ACAUGAUUUCCUUCAAUGAGUCAAAUCUCAAUGGUCCACUCCACAUAGCCUGUCCAAAACGCCGAGCGGGGGAGAACAAGGAGAAUGGAUGCUCUCGCCGUGCUCGGCAGAAGCCCCUGCGCUCUAUCCAAAACCCCGCUUUCCCGGACUCAUGGCGCCGCCUCCUCCUUCCCCCGCGGCGCACAAAGCCUCGCCCUCACCUCCCACCGCCACCUCGCCGCGCUCCCGCCGUCGCCGUUUCUCUCCAUCCAUUCUGCCCCCGCCCAUGCAAAAUCGCGCGGCCGGAGGACAGGAACUCGCAUCUUUCUUCCCCAUCUUGUCGCCGCCAUGGAAGAGGUUGAGGAGACUUAUAUCAUGGUAAAACCUGAUGGCGUACAACGUGGCCUGGUCGGAGAAAUUAUUUCUCGGUUCGAGAAGAAGGGUUUUUUGCUGAAAGGCUUAAAGCUUUUCCAGUGUCCCAAGGAGUUAGCUGAGGAGCAUUACAAGGAUCUCAAGGACAAACCUUUCUUUCCUAAGCUGAUAGACUACAUCACUUCUGGCCCCGUUGUUUGUAUGGCUUGGGAGGGUGUUGGUGUCGUUGCGUCUGCUCGUAAGCUUAUAGGAGCAACAAAUCCUUUUCAAGCUGAACCGGGCACCAUACGAGGUGAUCUGGCAGUUCAAACAGGAAGGAAUGUUGUUCAUGGAAGUGAUAGCCCUGAGAAUGGCAAGCGUGAAAUUGCGCUAUGGUUCAAAGAAGGUGAACUGUGUUCAUGGGUACCCGUUCAAGCACCUUGGCUGAGAGAGUAAUCUUGUAACCUUUGCUUGGGGCUAGUUAGCUUCAUUCUUUAGGAUCAUUUCUUCAAGGUCAGUUUAUUUCUUUCCGGCAUGGUCUCAUGCGAUUCCAUCCUGUAGCUUGUAUGAAAGGGGGCUAUAAGCACCUCAAAGAGAGCACAGGAUAAUAAGUCUUUCAGCUGCAUGCUGCUUCUUUAUCUGCCUUGUCAUUGCAUUAGCUCGAGCAAGAAGUCAAGGCAAUUGAAACUAUGAUUUUCACCGUCAAGACAACUUGGUCUUUUCUUAAAGCUGUGUUGGCACUGCUGCAUGCUUGAAUUAUUCCUUGUUUUUUUUUUUUGACAUUCCUCAGUAAUUCAACUUAAACUUUCUUCUUUUCA